AUGGAGAAGACAGGGAAAAAGAAUCUUCUGAUCAAACUUUCUUCGUUCCCAAACGCCGUCUUCCUCUCUGUCAUCAAUUUUCUCCGAUGUCUGUGUCGUCGGUUCGGUAUUUGAAUACUUCCUCUCGGACUUGGAGAGUUUAAUGACAAACGACGGUUGCGCUACGCUUAUCAAUGACGUUUCCAUCAAAACAGCAGUAAAUCAAUCGUCGAAAAAUAGCUUCAGCUUUCUUGAGAAAACAGCUCUUUUUGGAUCUUUAUACUUAUAAGAAAAAUCUUGUUUCUCAUGUAGUUUACUUCAACCUACUCAAAGAACCGUAUUAUGUACACGAAUCGAAAACUGUCAAACAAUUUUAAGAAAUUUCGAAAAAACGAGCUAACUUCUUAAAAUAUUUUCCAAGUCUUAUUAGAACGAUUAAUAAUUUCAUUCGAAUCGCGGCUUGAAUUCUAAUUGCUAUUUCCCGCCGAAAAUCACUCCGCGUCCUUCGGAUGGCAUUACGGUAGCCGCGCAACCUCAAGUUGACUAUAAGAGAUCGAAUUGCUUGUGUGACGCAAGCUAGAGGAAAUCAUUGAUUAUCAUGGGAGAAAAUUUGACCCAUCAGAAACCACGAGACUAUCUUCACGACAUUCCAGCCGCUUCGAAUAGCCGCUUUUUGAGACACUAGCGAUACGACGUUCAUUGGACCGACGGAGAAGAGGUGCGCAGUGUCCGCGGUGCACGACGUCGCCAAACAAAAGCAAACGGCCGAAACUUUCAUUACGUCUCGGAAAUGA